AUGGCUGCAACGAACGCUCUCCGCUACGACGUCCUGCGCGUGUACAAAGAGCUCUUGUACCUUGGCCGAGAGUACCCUCUAGGCUUCGAGAACUAUUUCCGCCCUCGCCUACACAAAGCCUUCUCAGCAAAGUCCGGCCUACAGGACCAGGCAGAGAUCAAGAAAGGCAUUGAGCAAGCCGAGUACGUAAAGAAGGAGAUCGAAGCACUAUACUACCUCAAGCGCUACCGCGCCCUGAAGCAGCGCUACGACAAACCGUCUUGA